CGGAGGCGCGCGGAGCCGGCUGGAGCACGCGGGAGCGCGGCCCCGCAGCGGCCCGGCCCGAGGGAGUAGCACGCAGGAGCAGAACGGCCUGGCGACCCCCGCCCAAGACAGGACCCCGCCCCAGCGCGACGCGGCCCCAAGAGAGGACUCCCGCCUCGGAGCGCGGCCUCGCCCGCUUUGCUCGCUCGGGUCCCCGGGCUGCGGGCAUGGACAGCGCCCGCUCGCCCUAGAUGGACGGCGAUGGCGGCCGCCGAGACGCCCCCGGCGCGCUGAUGGAGGCCGGGCGCGGCACGGGGUCGGCGGGCAUGGCGGAGCCGCGGGCGAGGGCCGCGCGGCUCGGGCCCCAGCGCUUCCUGCGGCGCAGCGUGGUGGAGUCGGACCAGGAGGAGCCGCCGGGCCUGGAGGCGGCCGAGACGCCGAGCGCGCAGCCCCCACAGCCCCUGCAGCGCAGGGUGCUUCUACUCUGCAAGACGCGCCGCCUCAUCGCGGAGCGCGCCCGGGGCCGCCCCGCCGCGCCCGCGCCUGCCGCGCCCGCUGCGCCUCCCGGCUCCGCGAGUGCCCCCUCGGACCCUGGCCCGGAGCGAGCGGGCACGCAGGAGCCCAGCCCAGAUCCCACCACCGCAGCAGCCGCAGCCGCGCCGGUCCCCGACGGCGGCCCGCCGCGGCAGGAGGAGGCGCCGGCCCCGACACGGGAGGACACUGGUGCCACCGAGGCAAAGCCGGAGCCCGGGCGCGCACGCAAGGAUGAACCUGAGGAGGAGGAGGACGAUGAGGACGACCUCAAGGCCGUGGCCACCUCUUUGGACGGCCGCUUCCUCAAGUUCGAUAUCGAGCUGGGCCGGGGCUCCUUCAAGACGGUCUACAAGGGGCUGGACACGGAGACCUGGGUGGAGGUGGCAUGGUGUGAACUGCAGGACCGGAAGCUCACCAAGCUUGAAAGGCAGCGGUUCAAAGAGGAGGCGGAGAUGCUGAAAGGUCUACAGCAUCCCAACAUUGUGCGCUUCUAUGACUUCUGGGAGUCCAGUGCCAAGGGCAAGCGGUGUAUUGUGCUUGUGACGGAGCUGAUGACCUCGGGGACACUGAAGACGUACCUGAAGCGGUUCAAGGUGAUGAAGCCCAAGGUACUGAGGAGCUGGUGCCGGCAGAUCCUGAAGGGCCUGCUGUUCCUGCAUACAAGGACACCCCCCAUCAUCCACCGAGACCUCAAGUGUGACAACAUCUUCAUCACUGGGCCCACUGGCUCCGUGAAGAUUGGUGACUUGGGUCUGGCCACCCUUAAAAGAGCAUCUUUUGCCAAAAGUGUGAUAGGUACCCCCGAGUUCAUGGCACCUGAAAUGUACGAGGAACAUUAUGACGAGUCGGUCGAUGUCUACGCCUUCGGGAUGUGCAUGCUGGAGAUGGCCACCUCGGAGUACCCCUAUUCGGAGUGCCAGAACGCUGCUCAGAUCUAUCGCAAGGUCACCUGUGGCAUCAAGCCGGCCAGCUUUGAGAAGGUGCAUGAUCCUGAGAUCAAGGAGAUCAUCGGGGAGUGCAUCUGCAAGAACAAAGAGGAGAGGUAUGAGAUUAAGGACCUGCUGAGCCAUGCCUUCUUCGCGGAAGACACGGGUGUCCGGGUGGAACUUGCAGAGGAGGACCACGGCAGGAAGUCUACCAUAGCCCUGCGGCUCUGGGUGGAAGACCCCAAGAAGCUGAAGGGCAAGCCCAAAGACAAUGGAGCCAUAGAGUUUACCUUUGACUUGGAGAAGGAGACCCCCGACGAGGUGGCACAGGAAAUGAUCGAUUCUGGAUUUUUCCACGAGAGUGAUGUAAAGAUUGUGGCCAAGUCCAUCCGUGACCGGGUAGCACUGAUUCAGUGGCGGCGCGAGAGGAUCUGGCCUGCACUGCAGUCUCAGGAGCCAAAGGACUCGGGCAGCCCUGACAAGGCCAGGGGUCUGCCAGCACCCCUGCAGGUCCAGGUGACCUACCACGCGCAGAGCGGGCAGCCUGGACAGCCAGAACCUGAGGAGACUGAGGCCGACCAGCAUCUCCUGCCCCCUACCUUGCCAGCUAGCGUUACCUCCUUAGCCUCGGACAGCACCUUCGACAGUGGCCAGGGCUCUACCGUGUACUCGGACUCCCAGAGCAGCCAGCAAAGCAUGGUGCUCAGCUCCCUUGUGGACACGACCCCCACCCCAGCCUCGUGCGUAUGCAGCCCCCCUGUGAGUGAAGGGCCCGGCCUGACCCACAGUCUGCCUCCACUAGGGGCCUUCCAGCAGCCGGCCACCGUGCCUGGCCUGUCUGUGGGCCCUGUGCCACCCCCUGCCCGCCCUCCACUCCUCCAGCAGCAUUUUCCAGAACCUUCUAUGAGCUUCACCCCUGUGCUGCCACCACCCAGCACCCCUGUGCCCACGGGCCCAAGCCAGCCAGCACCCCCAGUCCAGCAGCCUCUUCCAAUGGCCCAACCACCUACCCUGCCACAGGUCCUGGCCCCACAGCCCGUGGGCACUGUCCAGCCAGUACCCUCUCAUUUGCCUCCAUACCUGGCUCCAACCUCCCAGGUAGUGGCCCCUGCUCAGCUGAAGCCUCUCCAUAUGUCGCAGCCACCUCUACAACCACCUCUUGCUCAAGUCCCUCCGCAGAUGCCUCAGAUGCCUGUGGUUCCCCCCAUCACUCCCUUAGCAGGACUCGACGGCCUCCCUCAGACCCUCACUGACCUGCCAGCUGCAAACGUGGCCCCUGUGCCACCACCUCAGUAUUUCUCACCUGCUGUGAUCUUGCCAAGCCUCACAACGCCCCUGCCCACAUCACCGGCCCUGCCUCUGCAGGCUGUCAAGCUGCCUCAUCCCCCCGGAGCACCCCUGGCUGUGCCCUGUCAGACCAUCGUGCCAAAUGCACCGGCUGCUAUCCCCCUGCUGGCCGUGGCCCCGCAGGGUGUGGCUGCACUGUCUAUCCAUCCAGCAGUGGCCCAGAUCCCAGCCCAGAUCCCAACUCAGCCUGUGUACCCAGCAGCCUUUCCACAGAUGGUACCUGGAGACAUCCCGCCCUCACCCCACCACACGGUGCAGAGCUUACGGGCCACCCCUCCACAGCUGGCCUCACCUGUGCCUCCUCAGCCUGUGCAGCCCAGUGUCGUUCAUCUACCUGAGCAGGCUGCUCCAACUGCUGCCUCAGGGACCCAGGUCCUGCUGGGCCACCCUCCGUCGUACACCUCAGACGUUGCUGCUCCAGUCUCUGCCGUGUCCCUGCCGCCUGCUGUCCUUUCCCCUCCUCUGCCAGACACUCUUCUGCCUGCUGUCCCUGAGCUCCUGCCCAAGAUCCCCAGCUCCCUGGCCCCUACAGUGGUCGCAGCCUCUCAGAGUGUGCCCACCCAGACCGCUGCACUCCUCCCGCCAACAAACCCACCUCUGCCCACUGGGCCUGCAGUCGCUGGCCCCUGCCCUGCGGUCCAACUGAUGGUGGACGCGGCCCAAGAGGAGCAGGUCUCACAAGACAAACCCCCUGGCCCCCCACAGACCUGUGAGAGCUUUGGAGGUUCUGAUGCCACCUCUGGAAGAGAUCUGAGUGACAUCUGUGAAGGCACCUUUGGAGGGGGCAGGCUGGAGGGAAGGGCCGCCCGGAAACACCACCGUAGGUCCACUCGCGCGCGCUCAAGGCAGGAGAGGGCCAGCCGGCCCCGGCUCACUAUCCUGAAUGUGUGUAACACGGGGGACAAGAUGGUGGAGUGUCAGCUGGAAACGCAUAACCAUAAGAUGGUGACCUUCAAGUUUGACCUUGAUGGGGACGCUCCGGAUGAGAUUGCCACGUACAUGGUAGAGCAUGACUUUAUCCUGCCCGCUGAGCGAGAGACAUUCAUCGAGCAGAUGAAGGACGUCAUGGACAAGGCAGAAGACAUGCUCAGUGAGGACACGGAUGCUGAUCACGGCUCUGAUACAGGGACCAGCCCUCCACAUCUGGGUACCUGUGGUCUGGCCACGGGGGAGGACAAUGGACAACCCCAAGCCAAUGCCCCUGUCUAUCAGCAGAAUGUCUUGCACACGGGGAAGAGGUGGUUUAUCAUCUGUCCGGUGGCUGAACACCCAGCAACAGACACUUCCGAAUCAUCACCCCCACUUCCUCUAAGCUCCUUGCAGCCAGAAGCCAGCCAAGACCCAGCGCCCUAUCCAGACCAGCUGUCCUUGUCGGACAAACCUAGUUUCCCAGCUGCUCAGCAGCUCCUGAGCCAGGCAGGCUCCAGCAAUCCUCCUGGAGGAGCAGCAGCCCCCUUGGCCCCAUCUUCCCCUCCUGUGACUACUGUAAUCCCGGCAGCACCAGCCACCAGCACCGUGUCAGAGUCAGCAGCAGGGACUGCCACGCAGGCAGGAGGUCCAGGGACUCAUCAAGGACCAGCCAGUGUCCAUGAGACCCUCCAGCCACUGGCUGAGACACACCAUGCCCAGUGUGCUGCCCAGCCCCUUAGUACUGGCCAAGGACCUUGCACCCCAGCUCUGGAACCCUCUCGCUGCUCCACAGGUCUGGGGGAGCCCAUCUCAACAAGGGAGGUCAGCACUCAAGGAGAGCCCCUGCCUGCGUCAGUGCCAGAGCCCAGCCCUCCCACUGGGGCCACACAAUCUGUGCAGGGUCAGCCCCCACCCCCACUGCCUGUCACAGUGGGGACUGUCAGUCUGGCAGCUCCCCAGCUCCCCAGUCCCCCCCUGGGGCCUACUGCUCCCCCGCCACCCCCCUCAGCCUUAGAAUCUGAUGGGGAAGGGCCACCCCCUAGGGUGGGCUUCGUGGACAACACCAUCAAGAGUCUGGAUGAGAAACUGCGGACUCUGCUCUACCAGGAGCACGUGCCCACCUCCUCAGCCUCGGCUGGGACCCCCAUGGAGGCAAGCGAUAGAGACUUCACCCUGGAGCCCCUGCGAGGAGACCUUCCCUCAGCCUUGAGUGACAAGACCCCAAGCCUCACCCAGCAGACCCAGCCCUCCUUAGAAAAAUCAGAAACGGCCCCUGCAGGAUGGGCCCUGGCCCAGCGGGAACAGGGUGCGUCUUCUCCAAUGACAGCAGAGUCAUCUUCCAGCAACACACUGGGAUGUGACAGUGACACAGGGCAGGUGGCCUCAGACUCCCCCACAGCACCCAGUGUUCCCCAGGAUGCCUCUGCUUCUUCCGCCCCUACACACAUGGAUCCCAAAGAUCAGAAGAGUCGUGUUCCCAGAGAAGCCUUGGUAGCACCCACGCAGAGUGGCCCAGGGGCCUUCACAGAGGGCAGCCCAGCCCAGCUGCGCAGCGCCCGGGACUCUGGGUCUCCUCAUAAGAGGCUAGGGCAGCAGGACAGCAGUUCUCCAGCCAAAACUGUGGGCCGCUUCUCUGUGGUCAGCACACAGGACGAGUGGACUCUGGCGUCACCUCACAGCCUGCGCUACUCUGCCCCGCCUGAUGUCUACCUGGAUGAGAUCCCUUCCAGCCCUGAGGUGAAGCUGGCAGUGCGGCGGGUGCAGACAGCCUCCUCCAUCGAGGUUGGCGUGGAGGAGCCUGCCUCUAGUGACUCUGGGGAUGAAUGCCCAAGAAGGAGGACCCAGGUGCAGAAGCAGUCCUCCCUGCCGGGUAGUGGUGGUGUGGCAAGUGACUUUGUGAAGAAGGCCACUGCCUUCCUGCACAGGUCUUCGAGGGCUGGCUCGCUGGGCCCUGAGACACCCAGCAGGGCAGGUGUGAAGGUCCCUACCAUCAGCAUCACCUCUUUCCACUCCCAGUCCUCCUACAUCAGCAGUGACAAUGACUCGGAGUUCGAGGAUGCGGACAUAAAGAAGGAACUGCGCAGUCUGCGGGAAAAGCACCUGAAGGAAAUCUCUGAGCUACAGAGCCAGCAGAAGCAGGAGAUUGAAGCCCUGUACCGACGCUUGGGCAAGCCGCUCCCUCCCAAUGUGGGGUUCUUCCACACCGCACCCCCUAUGGGCCGCAGGAGAAAAACCAGCAAGAGCAAACUGAAGGCUGGCAAGCUGCUGAACCCCUUGGUGCAACAGCUCAAGGUCGUGGCCUCUAGCACAGGUCAUUUGUCUGAGUCCAGCAGAGGCCCUCCCACUCAGGACCCUGCCCACGCCAGCACGCCCCCGGGCACCAAGGCAGUUCAGACCCAGCAGCCCUGCUCCGUCCGGGCCUCUCUGUCCACAGACAUCUGCUCCGGUUUAGCCAGUGAUGGAGGCGGAGCGCGUGGCCAAGGGUCUUCCACCAGCAGCCUGGCCCCAGGCCCUGAGCCAGGUCCCCAGCCCACCAUGCACGUCCAGGCACAGGUGAACAACAGCAACAACAAGAAAGGCACCUUCACGGACGACCUGCACAAGCUGGUGGAUGAGUGGACGACCAAGACCGCGGGGGCGACGCAAGCAAAGCCCACGCUUAACCAGCUGAAGCAGACGCAGAAGCUGCAUGACAUGGAGGCCUCAGGAGAGGCUCGGGCUACAACUGUGCCUCGAGCAGGAGUGGGGACAUCGUGUCUGGCCCCAGCAUCCGGCCCUCUGUCCACCACAGCCAUUCCUGGAACCACCCCAGCCCUGCCUGUGCCCAUACCAGAUCCUGAGAGUGAAAAGCCCGACUGAGCCGGCCCCUACGCCAGGCCCUCACUGCAUCAUCCAGACGAAGAAGCGGCAGACCCCAGGGCAGCCACUCCUUUAGGCCAUUCACGCUGUUUUGUAACCACUUUCUAACCAUUUUUUUAUUCACAAUUGGAAACACAAAUGUAAUGCAAGAAUAAAACAUAU